GGCCGCUGCACAACCGCCAACGAGCGGAAUAAGAACGUUUGUACCACGAACUGGAGGGUGCACAUGGACUCAUUGUGGAUUAAUAAAUGCAGUUCUGCGUGGUUGAAUUUCGCCGACCAGGAUCGUUAUACUGAAUAUCAUUUACAUUUGGUGUCGGUUAACACUGUGUUUGGUCUUGUGAACUGCUGAUCCCACGUGUGCCAGCAAACAUCUCUCUUAGCUCCUCAGGAGGGGAACCUGGUUGCAGUGACAUGGUGCUAUUUUUUGAAUGGCAUCGGACAGCUGUGGACCAGAAGAGCAGUGGCUUGCCAAUGACUGGUGAAGACACUGGUUUGGGGGCUUUGGCCUCACCAGUGGUGGGGUAUUUGGGAAAAGUUCAGGAAAGAGCUGCUUCACUUGAGUGUUGUCCAUGGUGUACCACGAAAGGCUUGACCUACGCACUGCGCUCUUAUCGUAUCAACCUCCAGGAGUCCAUCACACUCUGCACAAACCCACAGUGCCUUUUUCCACUGGUCAGCCGCUCCUUGGAGGAUGUUUUGGCCAGCUUGGAUCCUGUGGAGCCCUCUGUGGCGAACAAGAGAAAAAAAGCCUUGGCACCGGAAGAAGAAGAAGAAGAAGAAGGAGAGUUCGUUGGACCAGUACACAAACGCCUGCGAUCGAGUGAACCCGACAGUUUUGGGCCACAAAGCAUUACGGACAAACUCAUGAGAGAAGCAGAGCAAGGUGCUUUAAACUGUGUGAGUAAUGGCCAACAUGCAGCACCAAAGGUAGGCGAUGAAAGAGUAAAUGGAUACAGGGAUUCUCCAGUUGUAGAGACAACGCAACGGGAGUCAUUACAAGCCGAGGAUGAUAUUCUCGACCAUGAACCAGAGAAUUCUGCUUGUACGGAUGUUUUUGCUUCUGCUACAUGUUUGACACCGGCUGGACACCUGCCGUGCUCAUCAGAAGCCGUGUUGACCUCUGAUGGGGCUGAAGUUGCGCCUUCUCAUCACCUUGUUCCUCCUGAUGAGUCAGAGGAAGACUUAUGUCAGAUGAACAGUCCUCCUGAGGCGCUGAACAGACGCUGCAGUCUGGACUCCAAUCAGUCCCCUAUCGCAAUGGAUUCAACAGAAAUCAAUACUCCAUCGACUCCGCCCAAAGAACAGACGGCAAGGACUGCAGGGAAACCACUGACUACAGACAUCACCCCAUGUACGGACUUGGAUAGCAUUAAGUCCAAAACAGAGGGUCCGUCCUCUACCAGGAUAACCAUUGAGUCAGACAAGCUUGUGUCUGCUCCAAAUCAUCUUUUCUGGAAUAACUGCGACAACCUGUGUUGGCUGGACUCGAUGCUUAUCGCUUUAGUGAACUGUAAGAGCUUGAGCAGGCGUAAACCCAAAGAUGACCCUCAGCGGUUUUCUGUCUGGCAGCUGAUGAGAGGAUAUGAAGACGUUUGUGCUGCGAUCAAAGUCCAUCAACAGACUGGCAGAGAUGGCGACGUGAGGGUGCCAUAUCAGGUGCUGCAAAAGGCCAAUGCUGAACUGCACUGCCUCAGGAUGACAGUCUUCAAACUGCUGCAGCCCAAGCUGCAAUGCAAACUGGGUCAGAAGGAAACUCCGGUGUUUGCGCUGCCGCUGCUCCUGCAGACGGACUCCUGGGCGGAUCCUCUCUUCCAGUCCACCUUUCACUGGGAGUUCAAGUGCAGUGAAUGCAAAGCUGCCUCAAAAGAAAGGGUUCUAAAAACCCUUCCCACCUUCACAAAGGUUUUGCCUGAUUGGCACCCACUUAAUGCCGUCCACCUGGCCCCGUGCAACGUGUGCUGCCACAAGAAUCAGAGAAGGACUUUGAUUCUGGAGAGUGUGCCACCGGUGUUUGGGCUGCACUUUGUGGAGGGACUUCCUGACAACGAUGUCACAAUUUACACCUUCUCCUUCAAGGGGAAACGCUACUCCAUCACCACCGUCAUCCAGUACAACCGCCAACUGAAGCACUUUGUCACCUGGAUUUGUAACUCUGAUGGAUCGUGGUUGGAGUAUGACGACUUGAAACACCCCGAUUGUAAGACUCACCAAAAGCUCCCAGUGCCUGCUCAGGACUUGCACGUCGUCUUCUGGGAGGCGGAGGAGGACAACGAGUCUCGUGCCUGUUCUCCGUCCAGCACAUUUUCUGAAUGUCCCCCAUCUGAGAAUGAGAAGAACCCCUGUCUCGUUGAAAAUGGCGUAACAGCGGACAAUGUGUUGAAGUGCUCCAGCGAUCACUCUGUUCUUAUGUCUCACAACGACGCUGACGUAGUCUGUGCACUCUCGGCAUCUGAAGACGGCAGCAACAUCAUCAACACGACGAUCACGGCCGAAUUCGACACAUCUAUCGGUUCCACAACGCUGCUGGACGCCUUCGAGGGACUUUCCCAUAAUGACAUCAUUACACUCACCCUGGUGGAAUUAAAUGAGGAUUCAGAAAUGCCGCUUUUGAACGAAAACAAACAAACCGAGGAUUUGAGCGCUCCCAGCGAGGAUGAAACGCUUGACUCUGUACCGGAUAGCUCUUCCGCUGUAAUGAAGAGUGAAGCGUCUCCCAGCCCUGAUAUUGCGCUUCCUCCAAUCUCCAAUUCAUCGGACUCUGUGGAAAGCUCGUCCAGUGAUCCUACAUUUGUGCCAGUUGUAAAGAGAGCAGGGAGAGGGAGAGCAGCUGGCAGAGGCAGAAAGGUUGGCAGAAAAGCGGUUAGCAGGGUAGCGGAGCCAAAAGCAGCUCUGCAAACUUCACCAACUACAUCCUCUGAGCCCUCGAAAGAAAUCACUAGCAAACCUGAGAGAGACGCUGCUUCUCAUAACCCACUGCCUUAUGAAAAUACACAGCCGGCAGCCUCCAUGUCUGCACCUGAUACGCCACAGAAAAGUGCCACCAUGCCACCUCAGAACCACCACUUGUCCUACCUGCUCAGCCAACACCCAUUCAACCUAAUUCAAAAGUCAAUUGCUAAAAUCACCCCCUCCAAAACACCCACCUCUGUCACUCUAAGAAAGCCCACUCCUCAUCCCAUCCAGUCAAUGCCCAACCCUGUGAGGAAACAGCAGCUUCCUGUAGCACUCUUCCAAAAACCUCAGCUCAGGACAGAGGACAGUGAUGGUCUCCCGCUAAAAGCUGCGGAAAUGUACGGUGGGUUUGGUGCAAAGAGCUCCUCAAGUACACUCCAAUCUUCUCCCAUUCUCAGAGGGCAAUCAAAGAUGAGUCCACCUCUUACUCCGAGCUACCAGAAAUCCCCAUUGAACACUACAGUGGUGUCUGACACGUCGCCUUCUAUGCCUGGAGCAACGAGGCUCCCUGAAAUUUUCUCCUCAAAGAAGUCCUCGAAGCUUCCUCCAGGCCUCAGCGAGACGGAAGCCCUCAGGUACAAGCUAAUAAAGAAACUCAAGUCAAAGAAGAAGAAGCUCGCUAAGCUGAAUGAACUGUUGGGGCAUCAGGGCGGGCCCAGCCUCCGACCAGAUAGCACUAACCUGAGCUCCCCAAACACAGUCACCUCCAGCACGUACGACAAAUCCCUCUGCGAUGACUUCCUCUCGGACCUGCUCUCGCCGGCAACGACAGCCAGCAACCUCUCACCGGACAGCACCGGCUUCCUGGAGAUGCUCGCCAUCGGGCAGGAAGGGCAGGUCGAGCAGUUAAACGGUGGGGGCAAGGCUGCUGGAGCGCUGCCACAGAUGAACGCGCACAACACAGAAAACUUCCUGGAGGAGUUUCUCUCGCAGGCCGUGACUCAAGCCCCGAGUGAGAUGGAGAAUGACGCCCUCAGUGAACUCUUCAUUUGAUCAUUUGUGGGGUGGGGGGGGGGAUCUAUGUUCUUAUUCUUCUAGGAAGUUUAUAUGCUUUUAAGUGUUGUACACCUUAAAAUACUGUCUGCAAGUCUGGCACUUUGUAGUGUAAAUAUUAUAUGUAAUUGAUUUAUCUUUUACAGCAAAGUCUUGUUUGUUUUCUGUUUUGUUAAAAUUACAAAAUACUUGAAAGUUGUUUUUUUAAACAUCAUUAAUUAAAUACUUUAAUGAAUUGA